GCAUCAGUGUGUGGGUCUUGCCCUGGCUUAUAUUUUGCAGUGGUUGCUGCAAUGGUUGCUGCUUGUUUUCCAUAUCGGUGAGCAGGAGAAGGAGGAGGCAAAAAAGGAAGGAAGGAAGUUCUUGGUAGAGGAAAAUCCAGAGCUUCUGCUCAAGUUAGAAUCAGAUCUGACACGCUGGUGUGUCAUGACUGGCAUGGAUGUUGUUGAACUCUUGGACAUGCCUUUGCCUAGGGGCAGUAUCAAGGAAGGAGAGGGUGUGAUGAUUCCAAAGGAUGCUAUCUCUGGAUCCCGUCUUCUCAAUUUGGUGUUUGAGGAGUUGCAAACCCAUCACAAAGAGACUUUGAACUCGAUGAUGGCCUCUCCUGAUCGUGAUGACCAGGACACUGCUGUGGUGACACAAGUGAACGCCGCAAUAGUCAUGGAGGGUCAAUUAAAGCCACCCAUUGUGCCACUAGGGGGUGAGAUUUACAAAAUUGCUGUGAGCACCCCGGAGGUGGUCAUGUCCCGUUUUGGGGGGCCAUUUUCACUCAAGGAUGGCAUUGUGCGUUACCAUGUGUCAGGCUUGGCUUGCCGCGCUGGCCAGGCCCUCGGCCCACUGAGUCAAACAUCUACAGACCAGUCUCAGUCCAUUGGGCAGAUGUCAGCCGACCCUGUGGCACUGCCAUCGGAUGAUGAUAGCAGCGAUGGUGUUUUGAAGUCAGUGUCUGGAGCUCAGACUCCGAUGCCAGCUGGACUGGAGCAGGGCGACCGUGGAAGUUCAUGGGGGCAGCACAUCAAGAACGGCCACGUCGACCCGCCUACGGAUGGUCGAUCCGAACGGCCACAAAGAGACUGUCCUGCCACGGAUCAUGCAAGGCUUCUUGAUGACUCUGAGAAUGCGGAUGACUACUUGGACUUUGUCAACCGUAAAGGUCACACACUGGAAGAGUGUGCCCCGGAGCCUGGGCGAAUGGAGGAGUCGGACAUCACUCCAGCUGGGGCUGCCUGCAUUGGCUUGGCAACUUCGGAGAUCAGGACACUUAACGCUGUGUUGUCAGGUGCACGUCUCUCCCAAUGGCGUGCACAGGCCAAGGACCCGGAAGAUAAGACCAAGGUGCAACAAGCGAAAGCCGAACAUGUUGCAGGUGUGUUCACCGAUCGCCAAGUUCAAGGUUCCAAGGAACCUGAGCAGCUCGAAGGAGUUUGCAAAGACAUUUCGCAGAGUGCUCCAGCUCACAAAGUCAAUCCUGUCAGAGAGGGGGGUCCCAAAUGCCCCGAGUUUCGCGACUGCAUCUUGAAGAUCCCUGGGGCCUCGGGCAGAAAGUUGCACUGUGAAAUCGUUGACGAUGUUCUCGACUGGUCCCAGUUCUUGUUGGCAGCCGACAAACAUCUUAGUGGCCUCGCCAUCGUCGAGCAAAUGGAAAGCGUGAAUCAUGCAUUUCGUUUCAUGCUGCGGUCCGAUCUGAAGAACCAUAAGGGCUUUGAAAAGUUUCGUCGCCUGGCGCGUUUGGAAUGCACCAGGGAGCACAUGAGGAACGUGUGCGGUGCGGCUGGGAUCAAGCUCAUGACCAUGCCAUGUGCCCAGAUGUGGCAAGUCCUCACAGCAGUCAAACUGAGUGUGUGGGGUGGCAAAACCGAACAUGAGUGCCUACUGCCAUUUGAAGCGAUGGAAUUGUGGGAAAUCGAGGACAACCUCCCGGAGGAUGAGCAAUCAGAUCAAGAUGUGUUGCUGCUUGUGAAGCAAUACAUGAGCAGGACCUGCUUGUCCCAGCAUCCAUGUGUGCUUUUACCACGCCUGAAGGCAGAGAGCCUCCCAUUGAGUGGCCCAACCAGUGUGAAUCCCCGCAAUGUCCUGUCACAGAAGCUGAAGUCCGAGUACGAGAAAACGGCCAGCCUCGUGGAGCAGGAGCCUUGGUCGCUGCAGCAGGCGGGUCAGUACUUACGCACCUGGGUCAAUGACAAUGCAGCCGGGGUAAAGAAGGACACCCCGCACUUCAAGUUUGAAAAAAUGCCUAGCUUGGAUCAGCCUUCUGAAAGACUGGCCAGCUUGGAAACUUAUCAAGAGUUUGCCCCUGACCCACCAAAAAUUGUGAAAGUUGAGAGUGGACCACCAGCCUCUGCAAAAACGAAAGCAGCCCCCAAGCCAAAGCAGACAGCAGCACCAGGAGCACCUCAGAUCAUUAUGUUGUGCAACAACUUGGAUGACAUCUCCGAGGCGGUCAACAAGUCAUCACAGAAGCACCAGGUCCAGCCACCAUCAUCCGCACCUGGCCCCGCCCCUGAGUUGCCAAGUGACGUGAGCAGCAGUGAUCUCGACAGUUGUGACCUCGAUUCGGGAGGUGACUUGGGAUUGAACAGUCCCGGUCCGCGUCUGCCAGACCCCAAACGAUUGAAAACUGAUGAUGAGAAGCCAAUUGCCAAAUCCUUUGGACUACUGCACAAUGCUGUGGUGAAGGGCAACAUUUCUCUCAAAAAGCAGUUGAUUACGGAAGUGUUUAGUCCACCCAGGGUAACAAUGGCAGCCAGGGCCCAAGGGUAUUCCGCCGACUAUGCCUUUGAUCUGACAUACAAUGACUGGAACGGCUUGAAUCCCACCAUGCGGAGUGAACUGCGGGAAUUGCUAUUCCGUAUGAAACCCACAUUGUUGGUUCUCUCUCCACCAUGCACCAUGUUUUCGGCACUCACAAGGAUGUGGAACCUGAAGCACUGGACAAAGGAGGAGCACCAAGAGCGGCUGAGGAAAGCGCAGGCCUGGGGCCUUGAUGCAGAAAUGCCCGAGGAUGUGCACCGCGACUCCUUUGCAAAGCACAUGCGGGAGGCUGUGGGUAAGAUGCUGAAGGAGUUUGGUGGCCCUGAGAACUAUCUCCGGGUAAGGUUUCAAGAUCCUUCACAGCUCAAUGAAUGGUUGAACUACUUGGUGCACCUAGUGCCACUGGACUGCGCUGAAUUUAGCUUUUCAGACAACAUUCCCACGACUUUGGCAGAUGAUAUCGAGAAGGACAAGAUCGUCACUGUGCACCCGGCUUGCUUCUCCUAUUCGAAGGAGGCAUCAGUGAAAGGCCCUGCUGAGAAUGAUGUGGUCCUACUUCUUGUGGAAGAAAUUUUGCAAGAUGGCUUUGUGACCGGUGGGGACCCUUUACUCCUCAUCCAAUCUACAGCCUUGAAUGAUGUGGUUGCCAAGGGAGUCACUGCCCCCUGGCGCUGCCUGGAUGGGACGAUGCUCCCUUUCUCCUUGGGAUACUUCAAGGGGAGGACAAGGGUGGCAGUGUUGAUGAGCAUGCUUUCUUUGGCCCGUGAUCUGAGACUGGACAACUAUCAUGUGCAUCCAGCGCUGAUCCGGACCAUUCGACGGAUACAAGCUGCGAGACUUUGGGUGGGCUCAAAGCGUGAGGAAAUGCUCGGGAAUUUCAAGCAUUCAGUUCGUGGAUCAAUUCGGAAGGCUCCCAAUAUCAUGUUAGUACGUGACCACAACAAGCAGAACUCGAAGACCGGUCAGCUCCUGGGAGCCAAGGCGCAGGCUGUUCGGAAUAUCAUGGAACACUUUGACAAAGAUGCCAGAGAAGCCAUCAUCAACUACUGCGUGCAGUGUGGAUGUGAGAACACCCCAUGGACUGAUGAUACUUUGAGCUCCAAGAAGUGCCUGCCUGGGUACCAGUUCAAGAGCAACAGCGGUCCAGUCUGGCAAUCCAGGGGACAGGUAUCGGCUGAGAGCAACCGUGUGAUGGUCAACCAACAGAUCCACAGCCAUGCCAAAGCCCCAGUGACCUUGCGCAAGAAGUUGGACAAACAGACCAUGGAAGCCAUGGCCGAGGAGGCUGCCUUUGUGGUUGCGGUCAAAGGUGAAGUGAAGGCACAAAUGCCUAUCUCCGAUGAGACUUUGCAUGAGAAAUGGGUUCAUCUCUACGAAAAGGCAGAUUCUGAUGUAGUGCUGGAAGUUCAAUCUGCCAUCAUGAACCGAAAUUGUCUCAAUGUCCGCGACCUGCCAACCAUUGUCCAGAUCAUGAACCAUCAUGACAGUUCCACACCCUUGCCAUCCCAGCCAGUCAAUGAAAUGUUGGCAUUGGAAGCUGAGACUUUCAAACUCAAGAUGCGUCAGAUCGAGUAUGAUAUCCAGGCCUGCCGAGUUGGGCGGGCUAAGCGCCAGACUUGGGAAGUUGCAGUGCACCAUGCGAAGCUCCAGUACCGAGUCCAAGCCUAUCAGGAUUCUGUCAGAGCCGCCAAGAACUUCAUGUACGAGAAUGGUAAGGUCAUUGUGUUCCAAGCUGGGGAUGACUUGAUCCGUGGCAUCCAAAACUUCAUGCUGGAGAAAACUCAUCGACUGAAGCUUGAUGAAUCUGGAAAUGCUGCGCUGGUCUACCUGAAUUGGGCAGCCCCCAGCAUGCUGAAGACAGCCACCCGGUCGGCCCAGUCCUCAGCAGCGGCCCACAUCUUGAGCAUCAGCGGGCGCAACCUCGGCUUGAUGUUGUCCCCAGAGUUCUGCUACAAGCGGAAUGAGCUUUGGAUGCUUGAGCAUGCAAUUAUGAAGCAGCUUUGCCUCAAUGGCAUAUCCUUGGACAAAGCAUUCUCUCUUCAGUUCCACAGCAAGGUUGAUGCCAGAGAUCAAGUGCGGCCAUUGAACUACCGCGGGCGCUUCUUGGAGGGCAUCUGCAGCAAGCUCAAAGACAAAGACUUCCUGUGGCGCAAUGCAGCGCUGUGGCGGGAUGGUCGCACUGAAUUGGCCACCCAGCUGAGAACCAAGGAAAUGCUGGUGGUUGAGUCCACACUUGAAGAUAGAUCCGGCACAGCAAUUGGAGUACCAGAAGGAGAGGAGUUCUUGUUCGGAGGGGCACGAAAGGUCGAACAAAUUGGCCAGAACGCAUGUGAAAAAAUUCUUUCUGGCAUGAUGCAAGACCUGCAGCUCACUGCAAGAUCUGCCAUCUAUAUCAUUGACCUGAACAUGUCCGUUGGCAAUAUGUUUGAGGCCUAUGCCAGCUUGAAGUCAUCAUGGAACUAUCCCGUGUUCUACAUCGGCUGCACUGACGAUGCCCAGACUGCUGAAUGGUUCCAGCUUCACAAGGAGGAUUGGCUUGCGCGAUUGCACAUGGAUGGCUCACUGACAGUCGCUGGAUUUCCCAAACCGGCUGCCGAAUGCCAAGCGGACCUGCUGGAGACGGAGCCUGCCCCACCUAAGAUGAACAUCAUCGUGGCCCGGAAAGACUUGUACCCUCUGGUUCCAGAAGCUAUCGUCAAGGAAUAUUCAAUCCAUCCAGAGUACCAAGAUGAGUUCAACAAGCUGAUGGAUUCCAUUGUGGAAGAGUUUGGGCCCAUCCCGACUGAAGACUCCACGUCCCAGUCUAAGGGCAAGGAUGAGGACGAGACUGACCCCAACAAGGGCAAAGAUGGCGAGGAGAAGAAGACUCAGCCUGGCCCGGUGAAGAAACGCAAAAACAGUGGCGGUGGUGGAGGUAGUGGGAAAAAAAUCAAAGUUGAUGGUUCCAAAAUCAAGACCAUUGAGUCAGUUGGUACUGCGGGAGCUAUUCUGGAUGUCCCCUUGGUGAAUGCCAAGAUCCAAGGUGUCCACCUACACAUCAAGGCGGGCAGCAAAAUCUAUGUCUUCAACCAGGGCAGCCAGGAAGCCAACUUGAAGGCUGGCCUCAUCUUGUGCGGCUAUGGCCAAGGCAAAUGGCGCCUGCAAACUGGCACUGAGAACGAGGGCAACCCGACAAAGGAGGUGCUUUUCAACAUUGAUGGCCCUGAAACCAUGGUCCUGUUCAACGGGCACUUCAAGACCAUUGGCAGUCUGGUGGAAGCCCAAAGGGCCAGAAGUCCCAAAGUCAAGAUCUCAUUUCAUGAGAUGACUGAUUCCCCCAAAGAAGGCAAGCCAGGACAUUUCACCUUGAAACGAAAUCACAAUGUGUGGUUUGUCCCUGGAAGUGCAACAGCGGCCGUUGAGGAAAACCCAGGUGCUGAAGAGGGUCAGGAAGGACAAGGAACACAAAACUCAGCGCAGCAAUCGGCCGCGAAGUUGGUUGGGAAUGCACAUUGGUGGUCCUCACCAGUGACAUUGACCUGCCAGCGGGCCAUUGUGCGGAGCUCUUUUGAGUUGGCAGCCAGUCGCCGCAACCUUCUGAGCCAUGAGUGGUGGAUGCCCCGGCCCGGCGGAACCCAGGCACCGGCGCGACCGCAGAGAAGCUCUGGUGCAAGCACACCAUACAGUGCUUUGGAUCCGAAAGCCAUGCAGCAAGCUGCCCGGAAACGAUUCAACGCCGGACCCGCAGUUGCUUCACCCGAACCCAGUUCUGUGACAGUGCACCCGUGUCAAGCAUCCGCUGCGGCUGUGCGAACGUGGGCCGCUGCCUUGUCGCAUGCACCGUGCACCAAGGGCUACGUCGUCGGUUGGUCCACGAUUGCCAAUGAGACGCCUGCGCCGGAAGGAGUCGUGUGCAACACUUUGCCGGCC